AUGGCAGAUUUCCACGUCCAACCCGAGUCGGUGCACGCUGAGGAGUCCGGCGUGGCCAGAUUCCAGUGCCAGAUUCACGGCCUGCCAGAGCCGGUCAUCAGCUGGGAAAAAGACAGCCGUCCGGUGGACACCAGUAAUGAGAGGUACACUCUCCUGCCCACAGGCGUUCUCCAGAUCACAGGAGUGCGUGAGGAGGACAGUGGAAGGUUCUGCUGUGUGGCUCAUAACAGUGCAGGAGUGAAACACAGUGCUGAGGCACUCCUAACAGUUUCAGGCUCUCAGUCAUCUGUUUACAAAGAACCUGUGAUUGUGGUGGGUCCAGAAAACCUAACCCUCACUGUUCACCAAACGGCUAUCUUGGAGUGUGUUGCCACUGGAUACCCUCGGCCCAUUGUGUCAUGGAGCAGACUAGAUGGCCGUCCCAUCGGGGUGGAGGGAAUCCAGGUGCUCGGCACAGGAAACCUGAUGAUCUCAGAUGUUGGUGUGGAGCAUUCCGGGGUCUACGUAUGUGCCGCUAACAAACCAGGGACCCGUGUGCGCAGGACUGCUCAAGGACGUCUGGUGGUCCAAGCUCCAGCAGAAUUCGUUCAGCCUCCUCAGUCCAUCGCCCGCCCCGUCGGCACCACCGCUAUCUUCACCUGUCAAGCGCGGGGUGAGCCUGAGCCGCAGCUCACCUGGCUGAAGAACGGGCAGAUUCUGGAGCCCGGGGGGCAUGUCAAACUCAGAAACAACAACAGCACACUGACAAUAUAUGGCAUCAGUCAGAAUGACGAGGCUAUCUACCAGUGCAUCGCUGAGAACAGCGCGGGCUCUACGCAGGCCAGUGCCCGCCUCACGGUGCUCUGGGCUGAUGGACUGCCUGGCGUUCCCAUCCACGUGGAAGCAGAGGCCCUCUCCCCCACCACCAUACAGGUGUCCUGGAGGGAACCCGAUAAAAACACUCAGGACAUCAUCGGUUAUGUGCUCCACAUCCGCCGGACCUCAGACCCGGCGGAGAUGGAAUACGAGGAGGCUGUCAGUAAGGUCACGCUGCAGCAGAUCAUCCGGGACCUGGAGCCCUCCACCAAUUAUACCUUCUAUGUGAAGGCCUACACAUCCCAUGGGGCCAGCAAACCUUCGGACAGUGUCACAGAGAGCACUCACGGAGAGGUGCCAGCUCCUCCUUCCCUCUACACAAAGGUGGUGAACGGUAGUGUUGUACAAGCAACAUGGGAGUCUUCCUCCAAGAUGGGCCAGCCUCAGGGCUUCAGACUGUAUUACAGGAGAGCGCACACACCACUGUUCACUGGGCCCAUCGCCUUCCCUCGCAACGUCACCCAGUACAACAUCACUCAUCUGGAUUCCUCACUGGUCUAUGAGAUAAAGUUGAUUGCUCACAACCAGCAUGGAGACGGGAAUGCCACCAUACGAUUUGUUUCACUUCGGGAGGCAGUGGCCAAAUCAGUGUUGGACGGCCCGUGCGACUGUGUGAAAGAUGAGCAGGGCAAAACAUCCACCACGGGCAUCAUAAUCGGCAUUCACAUCGGCAUUACCUGCAUCAUCUUCUGCGUGCUUUUCCUCGUCUUCAGCUACCGUGGCAGAUUAAUGAUGUGUAAGACAGUUCAGGCCACCCCCCAGGCAGGGAACGGCGCUGCUGUGGACUCUUCUUCGUCUUCCCAGGGAGCCUCUGGGCUUAACGGGGCUGCCAGAAGAGAGAUGGAGGUCAAUGGCAGUGCGGCGAGGAAGAAAGCGGUUGACAGCAAUGAGCUCGAGAGUCUUUUCAUGCAGCCGAACACAAGAGAAAUGUGCAUGUCUGAUUCCUACAUGCUGAAUAACACCCAGCUGUCUACGAUACCGCUGGAUGAGUUUGCCGUGGAGAGGGAAACCCAAUUCCGAGAGACUCCUGCAGCAGGAGCAGCUCAGCAGGACCAAGGCUAAUAAUGUAUGAAGGCCAAUUCACACGACACUGUCCAGUGUCCACGCAGACUUUUCUCUCACUCAGGUUGACAGAUUGUUGUUGUUUUUUCAAAGUCGUCAUUCCUUUUGUGCAAAGACUUUUUUUUUUAUAAAGGCGUUCUGGAGGAUCUAGGACUGUAUAUCUGAAGCCCGAUGACUUUUUAGUUUUUGUUUUGGUCUUUGGUUAAUUUCCUGGUGUUGGGCAGCACCUAAGACAGAGGCCCCAGAAUGUCCUUGUUAUACAAUGGUUUUAUUUUGAAGUUUAUAAAUAUAUGUAUAUAUAUAAAUAUAUAUACACUAUAUCUUUAUCACUUAUAUGUCAAAGCGGUUAUAAGUUAUUGGUCUUAUCUCUACUUUUCUGUGGAUGUCAAAGACUCCUGCUGCCUACUCUCACCUACCAAUGAUUCCACCUUCUUGUUCACAGAAGAUCUCAGCCUUCUUCCAGGGAUUCGAUAUAUUCUGCCUCAGGACUUUGUUUCAGUGAUUUCAACAUAUUUUUUUUUAUGAGUUUUCGGCCUUCAUGCAGGCGUUAGACUUGGCUGCGUGAACCUUGCGAUAGAAAGAAAAGAAAGAAACCUACCUCAGCCGGAAUGAAUGUGUAGUGGGAAGCUUUUAGGGACUUUACCUUCCCCUGAGCUCACAGUUACUUUACAUGCAGAGGAAUUGGUUUGGAAGUGACAAAAUCAGGUGCCGCUCUACCUCAGAUGUCAAGAAUCAUCUCUCUUCUCCUGCUUGUCGAAGUAAAACAGAAAAAAAAAGAAAACAAAAAAAAAGUAUCCAACAUAAAGCACUUCCAAAUGCUGAAAUUAAUGUUCUACCUCAAGAUAACAAUGUUAAUGUUGUCGCUGUUGUUGCUGUUUGUCUGUUUAUUGCAUAAUGAAAAACCCUCUUUUGGCCCUUUGUGAAGUCCUGGCUUCCCUCUGUUGAUGAAUAUGGUGUUUGUAGAUACAGCGUCAGUACCUCAUGCAAGCUGACAGACUGAUAACAUGUUGUACGGUUACGGUGUGUUGGAAAUAUGUAUGAAUUAUGCUAAUCUAUUGUAAGCCUUUUGAUAGAUUUGACUUUAUCUUAAAGAUUGUAAUUUCUUUUUUCCACUGUAGUUGCUUCAGUUGAAUGACAAGGCUGUUAGAGAUACACUGCAUUGUUAAUGACAUCUUAAAGUCUAACUGUGCAUGAGAUGAGAUGUCAUGUGUUUUUAAAUAGAUAAAGCUAAAUUGAGCACAAAUGUUAACAGAAAAUGGCCCGUGUCUACGAAUAGUUUGGAUCAUAUUUCUGGAAAAUCUGCUUAUUGGCUUUCUUGUUGGCAGAUGAAACCGCUCUCAUUUGAUCUUUCUCAGUUUUAAGGUCAUAGCUGUUUUGGCAAGUAGCCUAGCCCUAAUUCCAAAAUUGUUGUUAACCAUCCCCGGUCUCUUAGACGCUUAGAUGAGCUAUUAAAAAUCUAAAUUUUCUAACACAUGCUAUUAAAUAUAUCUUUUUUUUAAUAUGUAAAAAAGCCAAAGCUUAAAAACAACUAUUUGGAAGAGAUUUAUGAAUUAAAUGCACGUAUGUGCUAUUGCUUUUAUUUUGUCCUGUUAUCUAAUAUUUAACUGUAGUUUUGACAACAGAGAUAUGAGAGCGGUAUUUGACCUCUGGAAAGAAAGCAAAACAAGCUGUAAUUAAUUUUUUUGACAGCAGUGUAUCUCUAAACUUUUUCUUAAUAUUUGUGUCAGCAUCACCUUCUUAUUUUGUUUUCACAUCACAUUUCAAGCCUCCUUUACAAAUGCAGCAGUAGCCUUUUAUUUCUCUUCUGGUGCCCAGUAGACGUAACAGUUGCCGGUUAAGCUCGUUUACUGUUACUCUUCUCAAAACUAUACUUGCUGCUCGGCCUCCUCCCUCCUGUCAACGCUGACUAUGUGCUUCAGGUGCUUAUAAUGUCUUUGAAUGCUGACGAGCACAGACAGAGAGCGGGCUGAGGGAGAUGGGUGGUUGUUGGGUAGCUAAACAAUUACAGGGCUUUUCUCUCGCCGGCUCUCUGCUCAGUGUUGUCACUUGCUGUACAAGUACUGAUUUGAUGCAUUAUGGUUACCUACCUCAACCUUGUUGUUGGCCUUUCUCUCAGGUCUUAAUGAAGGACACGUACAGAGUAUAAACAAUGAACUUAAUGUAUAUAUAUAUCUACAGUCGUGUGACACAGUAAGUAUAUCUCAUGGAAAUUGCUAGCUUUUAUUACAUACUGGAGCAAGCAAAAACCAGGUCAUCUUUGAAAUAAUGCCUGAAGAUAACCGCUCAACUUUUUGCUGAACAAAAAUAGCAAAAGAAGUUAAACUUAAAAUCAAAUACAUCAGAAGCUAGUGUUGCCCAAUAUAGCAGUAAUUGCAUCAUGUAAGCCACCUGCUCAGUUUUAACGAGGCUCUUCACCUGAAAAGCUUCCUGUUAUCGGUACCCUAGUAGGGCCUGCUGUGAUUUUGCUCCAGAGGAUGUAUCUGGCUCAUUCUCCAGCCUGGAGUAACAAAUCUUUGUGCAGCUAUUUCUGUGGCGAGUACUUAAAGCCAGAGAGAGGAGCGCUCUAGUACCAGAGAGCCUUUUUGUAUUGCGGCUUGUGAGCUGUGUGUCUGUGGCUACUUGUGGUGCGUCUUAGUUGAAUUCCCAGGUGGAUUUUUCAACUGGUACGCCCCCCUUAUAGAUAUCACCUUUAUCUACAGGCAUUGUUUCCUAAGGGACCAAAUGUUUCCCCCAAUAUGUCAAAAGAUAAAUAAAUUCACACGACUGUAUAAUAUAAAUACAUAAAAAAUUGCAAUUGUCAAAAUAUGCUGGACAGACAGAGUCAAUAGAAACAGACACAAUAGGAGGGGGAACAUUUUAGGACCUUUAUGUUGAGCACUAAUUAUUUAAGCAGUUCAAGUUCAUGCUUAAUUUGUAGUGAUUGUCACUUUUAUUACUAGCACAUCAUUUUUUUUGGUAGUGAUUUACUUUAUGUCUUCUUUAGACAUAAAUAAGUUUAACUGAAUCAAAAGUGGGUGGCACGUACAACUCGACAUCAUGUACA